CUCACCCGCGGAUAGUCGUACAACGGUGUUUCGUCCUGUCCACUGGCCGCAUGGUAGCGAUUUACUGUCCUUGUGGUGGGUGUUGUUGGGUGGAAAAGAGAGUGAUGUCGAUUCGUGAGCUUGAGAAGUGUGAUGUGUGUACAAGCAGGAGAGGAUCCAUAUCCGCGCUUUAGGUGCUGAGUGGGUGGGAAGCGGACAGUGGCUGGUCCGUUCAGUGAGGAAAAUGGCGCCGUUCGUGUAGUGUUCGAAAGAAGUGCUGCAUUCGAGAGUGUGAAAAAUCAACAAUUUAGUGGUAAAGUGAUGCAUAUUUUGAAAUAAUUGGUUGAAGUAGUGUUAGUUUGUUCUGUUUAGGCCAUUUGUGGGUCAAAGCUGUUGCACAGGUUGCUAGGGUUUGGCCUGUAAGCUUUUCGAUGCAAAAAAGAGAGCAUCCAUUAGUGAUGGUGAAAAGUCGUUAAAUUGAUGCUGAAUCAAUCAGUGUUCAUUGAUAUGAUCAAUGCAUGUGUAGAAGUUAUCAAUUCUUGAAUGAAAACUCGUGGAAACUUAUGUUGGCUGUUUGAAUUUUAAGGUUACACUAUCAGGAAAAGGGCGAAAUUUUGAAGGGGAAUGAUAAAGUGCAAGUGAGAAAAAAAUCCAACAAGACACCUCUUCCUUGCUUUCUCUUGGUGAGACGAGAACUUCAUGGUGAAAGCAUUUUCGAACCCAUCCUAUACUAUAGCACCUGCAAGGAUACACGCACAUCGACAUAUAUUUGGACAGAAGCGCAACAGCACGUCUAGACCGAAAGAUUGCGUUCAGCCAUAACCGAAGCGCAUGUGGCAAUUACACCCUCACAACGUACAGCGACUAGUCGGAGCUACCGGAUGCUGUAGGUCGUUUGCACCCAGUACCACCACCGGCACAACUACAACCACGCAUAUCUGAAGCUUCUUCCAGCUGCGGAGAGCAGUAUCGAUCGACACCACCAUAGGUUCCACCGGGCAACGAUGAAGUUUUCAAUCCCGCUUCCAGGCGGCGGUACCGGACUGACUCUAUUUUCCAAACUAGUGCGAACCAAGGACCUCCGCAAGCUUCAGGGCGAAGAUCCGAAAAGUACAAAGCCAAAACUAACGAAAUGUCUAACCACACUCGACCUAACCUCGUUAGGAGUGGGAUCGUGCUGUGGCACCGGUAUGUAUCUAGUCGCCGGUUUGGUAGCGAGAAACAUAGCAGGCCCCGGUGUAGUGCUUAGUUUUAUCAUAGCGGCCAUAGCUAGUAUAUUUUCAGGCGCCUGUUAUGCCGAGUUUGGCGUCCGGGUGCCACAUACUUCCGGCUCGGCGUACAUGUACUCUUACGUCUCGGUAGGAGAGUUUGUGGCGUUCGUUAUCGGAUGGAAUAUGAUAUUAGAAUAUUUAAUUGGUACGAGUGCGUGUGCCUGUGCGCUGAGUGCAAGCUUCGAUUCGCUGUCCGGGGGAUCCAUCAGCAGGAGUAUAGCGUCCGCCGUGGGGACCAUUUUCGGCCGCCCACCGGAUUUCAUCGCUUUUGGCAUCACACUGCUGAUGACCUUUGUGCUGGCGCUGGGCGCUAGUAAAUCGGUGCUCUUCAACAACGUCCUCAACACCGUGAACCUGGCUUCGUGGGUAUUCAUCCUAACGGCUGGGCUGUUCUACGUCGACACUUCCACGUGGGCCGAGCACGAGGGUUUUCUGCCGUACGGUUGGAGUGGGGUGUUUACGGGUGCCGCCACCUGUUUCUACGCCUUCAUCGGGUUCGACAUUAUUGCAACGACGGGCGAGGAAGCGCACAACCCACAGAAGAGCAUCCCGAAGGCGAUUGUUGGAUCACUGUUAAUUGUGCUGUUUGUGUACGUUACCAGCAGUCUCGUGCUAACGUUAGUAGUCCCCUACGACCACAUUGACAAGGGUUCCGCUCUGGUUCAGAUGUGGACCUACGUGGGUGCCCCCAAGUGCCGAACGCUGGUUGCGCUCGGUGCCACUGCAGGCCUCAGUGUGGCCAUGUUCGGUUCGAUGUUCCCUAUGCCACGGGUGAUAUACGCAAUGGCACAAGACGGACUAGUCUUUAAAAUGCUCUCACAGCUGUGGUCACGAACCGGUGUGCCCGGAAUCGCUACGAUCGGAAGUGGUAUGGCAGCCGCACUGGUUGCACUGACGGUGAAGCUGGAAGUUCUAGUGGAAAUGAUGUCCAUCGGAACGUUGCUGGCGUACACGCUGGUGUCCACGUGCGUUCUAAUUCUGCGCUAUCAGCCGCAUAGCACCUCGCUGGUAGAUCUGAUACCAGCACAGCUACGAACACCGCAACCUCCAAGUACACCAGAUCCUACGACUAAGCAGCGCGUAAAGGGGAACAUAAUGGUGAAGAAAAUCACGCGAGGAUCACCCGAUUCGGACGAUAGCUUCGGAGAUGAAAGCCCCGAUGGGUUCUUGGGUCGAGACGAUCAGUUUCUGGUGUCGGAUAAAUCAGAGAAUAAGUUUUACGGUGCGGUGCAUGGAGCUCCACAAGGUGGUUCGAACCCAUUCACACUGUGGGGCUUCGGCUAUAUCGGAAGGAAGAUCCAGCAAUACUCCUAUUUAUGUCCUGGAUUGUUUCCUUGGGUGAAUCCCGGGCCAGCAACUCAUGAAAGUGGAAUGUUCGUCACAAAGAUGGUAGGUGUAAUGUACGCUUGUAUAUUCUUCCUGGAUCUGUUCAUGGCUAUCGGAAUCACAGGUUCCUUAUUCGCGUUGAUUUACACCGCCUUAGUACUAAGUAUAUUAGGUAUUCUAAUGGUGAUCUCACGGCAACCCCAAAACCGGUACGCUCUGCCCUUCCUAACGCCAGGACUUCCAUUUAUUCCAACUGUAGCGAUCACUGUGAACGUGUAUCUGAUAUUUAAGCUAAGCAUACUGACGUUAGUUCGAUUCACAGUAUGGAUGACACUCGGGCUGAUCAUGUACUUCUACUACGGAAUUACGCACAGUUCGCUGGAGAAUCCGGAAGAAGAGUUCGAGCUGACUGUGGAUGGUAAUGGACAGCCGUCUGGCCAGCAGACCAAUCUUAAAGUUCCUUCGCAAAGCAAUCACCGAACCGAACCGACGGCGGUCUGGGACCGACAUGGGUACGAAAAUCGCAUGGCGACCAACGACGAUGGUGAGCUUCAAUGGGGUACCAGCCACAAUUCGGCCAACAGUUGGAACUCAAGCAACGCGUGGGGUGACACUACUAUCUAUGAUCCUCCCCGUCAACAACAGCAACAGCAGCAGCAGUCGCGACACCAAAUCGCGCAAACCAACAUCUUCCAGCCACCACCAACGCAACAGCGACCGGAGACGAAGAAGGAUGGCUUCGGAAUGUUCUAUCAAGAAACCACUAGUUAUCCCACGUGGGACGAUUAAGAGCCGUUACCGAGCAGUCAUCCUAUCACCAUUUCCAUCCCCAUUAGCUGUACAGACACGCGAGAGAGCAUCUGGAGGACUGAACGCGGUGAAAUUAUCGGGAAAGCAAUCAUCACCCAUCAUUAUCUGUAUUGUUACCAUUUACGACGUUAGAAGUUUACGCAUAUGGGGCAGCGGCAGCAUGCAACAUGUGUUUGUACAGGUUGCAAUAUACAUAGUAGGAAAUAGUAAACCAUUUAGCGGUGAAUCAUGGGAGUGUUAAAGCUAACAGAUCUUAGCCGGUUUCUGUUGAUUCGUGCGAUGUGACGGUGGCCCUGAUAACAGUCUAAAAGCUCUACUUGGGAUUUCCGCGAACCCGGGAACAUUUGGGCGGAAAAUCCUUUGUUACACUGUAAAAUUAUUCGAGCUUCUUGACAGUUUAAUACACCUAUUUCACAGUAAAAUGUUUUCACUGGGAACAUUUUUCUUGAACACACCGAGACGUUGAAUAGAAACGAUGAAAAGUGGUGAAUAUAAAUGUCAUCGCUGUUCAUGCUGAACUCCGAAUACCACAUAGCAUUCUGAUGAAAUAGUAAACAUUUCAGCGCAAAGUACCUAGUUGUUCGUGACUACUAUUGUUUUCAACAUCAUCCCGGAAUAUAGUAAGUAAUUUAAUGUAUAUUUAUGUUGACUUUUCGCAGAGAGUCCGCAGAAUGUACAGAAGUUUUAUCAUGAAAAAGUUAUUCACCACUGCAAUAGGAUCUUUAGGGGUGUGCGGGUUAAGGAAUUUUCUAUUGCAGAUUAGUACUGUGGGUUAAUAUCUCAACCCUUUUUUCUGUUUUUAAGCCCGUAACUAUCGAAAAAAACAUUUCUCGACAAACAUAUGAUUACGGCCUAAAAGCCAACUGUCAAAAUCCACUUUGAAUGGAAAUUCCAGACAAACCGUUACUAGUCGAACACAGUUCACAACAGUUUAUGAAAGAGAAAACUUUUCUCUUUCGUUUAUUAUCAACAUCUGUGAUUGGCGUGUAACGGUUUGUCCGGAAUUUCCAUUCAAAGUGGAUUUUGACAGUUGGCUUUUAGGCCGUAAUCAUAUGUUUGUCGAGAUUUUUUUAGUUUAUUUCCUUUUAGGGCAAUAACACAUCCAAACCCAUGCGACUUGCACGACUCUAUAGGUUGCCUCAUCAGAUCUACCAUAGUUUACGAUGAAACAUGGGAUUGCAAGCUGCUAGCGGAUUGCAAAAGUACCAGAUCAUGCUGUAUGGGGUGCUGUCCCGGUUAACAAUGAGGCGAACGAGAUAUGUGCAGAUACAUCAUUUAGUAGAACAACUGUCAGUUUGUUGUAUGAAUUUAAUUUCAAGCAUGAUUUUUGAAAACACCGUAACUAACAAAUGUAAACAAACUGAGAUUAUCACUCCCCCGCAUUCUACGCAUCUUAAUGUACAUGCUGACAAACAUUCGUUUCAUUAUUCGGUAAUGCAGCUGAAAAAUGCGCAAUCGAAAUAAUGACGAACAAACAACUGACACGUCAACAGUGCAUAAAUACAGUUUCGUCAUGUUAGUUACGUUAGGUUUGGUACUGCUGUAACACUUACGUUAUUUUAAUUUAAUCGGUUUUUGUAACUAAAUCAUUAAAAUAUACUACAAUCUUUCUACUAAAAUGCUCAAUAUAGGUAAUGUUUCUAUAAGGGGAACAAGAGCACGCAGUUUCUUAAUUUUAGCCAAUAUUUUAGAGAAAAAGAAUGCAAGUAAUGUUAUUCUAAGCACCACUAAUGCACUUUCAGCACAUUUUUAUUUUUGAUUAUCUAAAUCUAUCCUACAGUAGAUUAAAUCUAAAUACUUGUGACAAUGCGAGCAAAAAUGAGACACUAAAAUCGACUAAUUGAAAAAUGUCGAAAGUGUAAUAGUGAUGCUCAGAAUAACGUAACCUUUAUUUGUCUUCAACACACUGCUCAAAAGUGACAAACUACAAAUGUUGGUUGUCCUCAUUGGCAUACUGCCUUGGCGGAACAGUUCAGUUAUAGAAUUGAUUAAAAAAUGAUAAGAUUAGUCACCACAAUUGACGAAACUGAAAUAACGUAAGUGCAACAAAGAUACCAAACCAACGAAAGUAAAACGACGAAACUGUGAGCAUGGUACAAAUAACAUCGUAACUUUAAUUUUUCUUCAAUCCGCUCUUUUAAAUGUCUUGAUCGCGAAUGUUCGUUCCAUUCAAUAGAAAGGCGUCUUUGGUGAGCAUUUUGGAUGAAUAAUUGGUGUAAAAAUCGGUAUGGUUUUUAAAUAACAAUUAAAACAAAAUUUCAAAAAUGUCAUCGCCGUUUUCUCUGUUUGGGUGAAGUGCGAGUUUCGCUGUUUUCAAAAAUCAUGCUUGAUUUGUUCUUUUUUAAUUUAAAAGUCACAAAAGAAUAAUUAAGGUGUAAAAAUAAUAUGAGUGUACUCGUAAGGACACCCGCUAUCAAUAUAUAUGAAAAACUGACACAAUUUUUCCAAAUUAAAGGUCCCUAUUGUUUACACAACGUUCACGCGAUUAAGAUUCUUCGCGAACAGUUAAUCAUGUAUUGCAUAGUUCAUACCAAUUCCAACUGCACGUUUUGCAACUCCUUUGACCGGACAGAUUUUUGACAUGAAGUGUCAAAAAAUAGACUUCUUAUUUUUACUAUCGGGUAGGUUAGCAUCACUGCCAGUCUCGCGGUUUUUAUAAUUCUGCUGAUAAUGGAACAAUCCUAUUUCGAACACAAUUUUAUUCGGAAAUCUUCCACGAUAUUUUCCCAGUAAACGGCAAGUUACAGCGGGUAGUCUAGAACAGAGCUACAAUCCAGUUUUCUAUGUGCCAUAAUGCCGUAUGUAAUCCGCUCUUAUUUUUACAAUAGUCGUGUAUGUCUUCCAUCCAGUAGGAGUAAGUCGUCUUACAUAAGUCCAAUGCACUGGAAGUUUGUCCAACAAACGUCAACCAUUCCUAACUGAGCGUUGCUGUCACGCUGACGUAAACAACUAUCAUCAGCUUGGGGGUUGCAAGAAUAUUACGGUUUAGAUUUAAUUGACCGCCAUUAUGGUACGUAAAAAGUUGGAUAGCCUACCGCUUCUAUAUCCAAUUUUUUACGUGCCAUAGUGACGGCCUAACCCAAGGGCCAUAGCGUACGUAGUCUUGCGCUCUUGGCGGAGUCUCAGUUUUGCACCCCUUGCGGCAUUUGCCAAUGCUAGCAGUAUUGUCAGCGAAUAUACCGCGUUGAAUUUGAAGUUAAGUGUCUGUAAGGUAAUUUAACCGGAAAGUAAUGUAGGGGAACAUGGGGAGACUUGACCAGGUUUUCAGCUAAAACUGAAUAAAUCUCGAAAAAAGCCUUCAAUCCCUCAAAAGUCAUUCAGAUAUAAUGCGCAAAGUUAUUGCGCGUCUUCAUGAUUUUUUGCAGAAUUUUUAAUUUAAUUUUUGAAAAGUUACAAAAGUUUUUCUGUGAUCGUUUUUUCUGGUCAAGUCUCCCCAUUGCGGGGAGACGACCAAGGCGUGAGGAGACUUGACCAAGAGAAUUUUGAAAAAUCAUAACAAAAAAUAAUGACAUAAAACAUACUGUAAUUAUUUUUUUACCUAUUGUCGAGAUCCUUAGGUAGCAGUAAAAAAUAUAAAAGAGUUGCGUUUGAUAAAUUUUGAUUUUUUAAUGCAUUUCUUUUUUAGGAUUAACUGUACUGCUUGCAUUGUAUGUUCACACGUCACGAAAUCAGUCCUACUAUUGCUAACUUUGUUUACAAAUAUUAAAAUAUAAAGACUUAUGUUUGGGGUGGGAUUUUUUUUAUGGCGUGAUUAACAUUAACAGUAGAUAUCAAAGCAUAAUAAAUAUUAGGAAUUUUGCAUCUUUCUUCAGCUGAUCGCCACUUGGUCAAGUCUCCCCAUAAAAUCUUGGUCAAGUCUCCCCAACAUUAGUUAUUGCGUUCAAUGUCAUGCAAAUUCUAGUAAUAACUAUUCCAAUGUUCCAGUUUAUGGAAAAUCAUUUCACUGCUUCACAAGGAUUAAGAUGGUAUAUUACUACAUUAAUAUUAAUUAGCAGUCGAGUAGAUAUGUCCAUACAAAGUUUGAUAAAAAAUUACAUCCUUUAAUGCAAAUUUAUUAAUCACGUAAUAUUUUCUGCAAGGAAAGGAUUUUUCACUCCAAACUUUUACAAUUACCUUAAGGGAUCGGAAAAAGAAUAAAAAUAUUUUUGAAAAAAAUUUAAGAAUCGAAUAGAAGACGCCAUAGCCGAAAAUAGAAUUUUGCGCUUGGUCAAGUCUCCCCAUGUUCCCCUACAUAAAUCACAAUAUCCCCGAAGAUAGACCAGACUUCAAGAAUGAACACUUUUACAUAGAUAUGGGUCUACAAGAAAAGUGAUAUAACAUUCCGCUGUAACAAACUAGAUGAUCUGCUUUCACUUCAAGAACACAAACUUCAUUCGUGAAUUAGGAGGACUCGUAAAAGUAACGUUACAAUUUAAGAAUUUUUGCAGACUUGGCAGUUUCGGUUCAAAACCGUUGGGAGUGACGUCCCUUGCAGGCCCUCAGGCUUAUUAUUUCAUGAGAUAAUGCACAGAGCACGAAAUACAUAGAUAGUAUAAUGAGCAUAAUUGACACAUCAAUUGGAGAACUUUUAACCAGUUUUUAAUCAAUUUCAAAGUAUGUAUGCAAAAAUACAACUUUCGGAAAAUCAUUCAAAAGCGACGCAGACAACCAAAAUUGUCCUACCUAUUUCGGGCAAAGCCAUCAAUAUAGAGCUUCAACUGACCUCUAUAGUUUUAUUAUUUAUUCAAUUUACUAUUAAUUCAUUUUAUUAACUUAUGCAUUUAAUCUACCUCUAUCAUACGUUAAUGCGAAGAAUUUAUUCGAAUAUUUGCAUCUUCACCAAUCGUUGCAUUUAUUUCCGAUGGUAGGAAAAUUUCCAAAAGAUUCGACCAAAGUUCGAUCGAUGUUCGUGUUUGAUUGUCGCUCCAUUUAUGUUUAUUCCAACCGCAAAUCUUCAACUGUAGAUUCACGAAAUCAUUCAUCACGCUAGGUGUUUGAAGGCGACGGAGGGAGCCAAGGGUACCAAUGGUAUGUGUGAGAGAAAAAAGUGACCAUCGAAUUUUAUAACCGGACGCACAUAAAAAUAUUAGUACCUCGAAAACAGUCUUUAUGUAAAAUUUAAGUUCAAUCAAACAUGAUUAAGAGGAGUUCAGAUAAGGGUUUGGAAAGCUUUUAAUGUUUUUGUUAACAUCAAAAGUCUUAAAAAUGCAUAAAACGUCGGAUCUUGCAUCAUCUUCCAUUUUUUACUGAAAAGAGCUCCCCACUUGGUGCAAUUAAUUUUUAAACUGAGAUUAAAAAAAUAUAUUAUAAAUUAUAAUUAUGUAAAUAAAUAUAAAAAUCUAAAUAUAUUUUUCGAAUUUACACAUAUUAUGCAUUACUAAAACAUUAAGUAUACACAAAACUAAACCUGCCUUUCUAAAAUCAAGUCUCAUUACAACGCACACAGGCACCUUAUUUCAAGAUUACAACAGGUUUCGAUGUUUCAAGGUAUUGUAAGACAUUUUUCUGAUUGAGCUCAAAUUUUGCAUAGUAACUUUUUUCGAGGAGUUAAAAAUUUCAGAAUGGCCAUAUAUGUUGGCGUUCUCGUGUAUAUCAAGACCAGUAUACUACGAAGACAAUUUUUACGACCUUGUUGGGAAAUUUGAGUUACCAGUCCCUGUGCCGUCAUGAGAUUCCGGCUAGGUCUCAAGCAGUACCCAUUCAUCGUUUUACACAUGCGAGUGAAAGAAAAAAGUUUUUAUGAACUAUUACUGAUAAAGAUUUUUACACAUGGUACACGUAUGUAUGUAGCCAUUAUCCUAGCUUGAGUUUUGCUCUGCAUGCGGCUUGACUUAAUAAUACGCUCAAAUUUCGUUACCAUUCUGAAUUCAGCAUACCGCUGUAUGAAGGGUCAAAAGGGGGUGGCGGACCCGUAAGCAAUUGCACCUACGCAGUAUCCGCGGGAUUUACACAUUCUGCGGGGUUGCUGCUCAGAAAAUCGAUAGCAGCCAGUCAUACAUCGAGCGAAUAUAGAUGACAACAGCAUUGCAUUACUACCCCUGACUUAUCUUUCAAUUUAAUAUCUCUUAUAAUUGCUGCAUUUUCCUUCGUAUUUUUUCAGUUUCCGCUUUGCGACAGGCUCUAGGCCCGUGCAUAAAUAAACUCUCCUGAAAAGAUUCAGCUGAUGAUAAAAUGGGUGUCGAACAAGAUUUUCCUCCAAUGACUUCAUCUUCCCGAAAUACAUUGAUCUCCAUCGGACCAUAUCUGAACUUCUUUCGGAUCUAAAAUAGUCCGCUAAGCAUUCUAAAGCUUUCGAAACAACUGACGCAGAAAUAUUCAGUUUGAGACAGCUACCUCAAAAGUUCGCCCAGAUAAGCGCCGAAUUGUGAUAUUCUGUCUAAAGCAAACACAUGACGUUGCUGACGACAAGCCUUCUAUGAAGGAGUACCCCGUCUACAUGCCCGCUCACAAUGUUAAGAUAGAAGGUGUAGUCGCCGAUUCGAAUUGGUACUGUGUGGAUCUACUGAAGCACGGGGUUGGCUGUUUCAAAAACUCCGUGCCCCAGUGAACGCAGAUUUCGAAUGGCAAUCGUACUGAACGGAACAAAGUUUGUCGCGGGUGAUUUCUGUCGGGACAACUUUAUGUUUAAUUACGUCUUCUUCGACACGAAUCAUCUGCAUGCAGGUUUGUUAUUUGCUCACACAAUGUGCCACAAAGAGCGAAAUACACCGAUGAAAAAUGGAGCAGUACAAAAACAAGCAGCAGGACGACCGCACAAAGAGAAACUUGAAAACGAAGAAGAGAAAGAUCUGUGCACCAAGAGCUGCACAAUUUCGUUCAAUGAGUCACCAUGAAGAGCCACUUUUUUGUACCUCCCCUCACUGGCAAGCAGGUAGCAAGGCGAAUCAAACUACAAUUCAGAUAAUGUUUGAUGGGAAGAACGUUUUUAAAAUGUUUUUUGUUGCCUUCUCUGCUUCUGUGCGGACCAAGCUUCACACUAAAGAGCGUCUUUAUUUCGACUCUUUGAGGUGUGCAGCGAUGGAGUAGAAUGCACGUAUGGGAGCAACACACAUCAGAGUGAAGAGGUUUAUUGUGAAAGAGAAGAGCGGUUGUACGUAUGAAAAGUGCAAAGAGCUUUUUUAAUCUGCAUUACAUCCCUGCUUAAAAUAAUGGGGUGGAUUAUUUGGUGCAGCUGCUUACUACCGUGUUUGAGAAGUUCAACCGGGAUCUCGUCAUAGUCACAACUUCGGGGACAGCCUUCCACAUGCUGUUGACAUUGCCAGUUACGUUGGUCUCAUCUAUCCGCUCAUCCAGCUUCUGGCAAUACUCGGUUGCUACACCUUCAGCCAAAAGACGUUGGACAUUGAAUCGCAUCGUUCUGUUGUUUCUUGGACUUGUAACGCUGGAUUAUCGUGCAUGAAUCUUUGCUACUACGAGAUAAUGACCCGAGUCGAUGUUUGGGCCUCUGAAGGUCCUCACAUUAACGACGUCGAAGAAACGAUGUGCUUUCGGAUAUCCUUACGUGUAUAAGGGUCGCCAUCCACUAGCAGCAGCGAAAAUUACAAACCGCAGGCCAUUAUCAUUGGUAGCAGGAUGAAGGUUCUGCCUACUAAUAAAGAACUGCUCCCUCCCAACUUCUGCGUUAACAUGCCCGGUGACUAUUUUAUCAUCUUGUCUUGGGCAAUAUCCGUAGGCUUUAUCUAAGCUCUCUUAGAACGCGUCCUCCAUAUUAUCGGGCUUUUCGUUAGUUGGUGCAUAAAUACUGAUCAGCCUGUAGUUGAAGAACAUGUCUUUAACCCUUAACAUGCAGAUUCGGUCGUUUAUCGGCUUCCACCGAAUAACUCGCUUCAUCUGCUUCCCGAUUAUUAUGUUCUGCUCUUUCAGCACCGCUGUAGUAGAUGUGGCACCCGAAUGAAGUGUUCGCAAUGGAGUCUACUGCUCUAAAUUCGCGUUCUCCGGUUUGCGGCCAUCGUACUUACUGUAUUGCUGCCACGUGCACGCCAACAUUACGCAGUUCGCGAGAUCCGAGUUUCCAAUCGUUAUCCUUUAUUCGUUGUCGGAUCGUUUGUCGUAAAUCCAGUUCGUUUUUUGCUCUACUCUUGUCUUUCGUGGUGUUUUGGGUAUUUCGGUAGAUUACCUUACCGGGGUCGCGCUACCAACAUCGCGCUGGUAGGGCUGCCACCUUGGGUGUAGCUGGCGCGAUGCAGCGUUUCUUACUCAGUCGCUGGAUGUCAGUCAGACGCAAGGAUGCAAAAUGCCUACCUUUUCUGCGGCUGUAAUUUUUCUGCCUACAUUUUCAUUUCUCUCUUUAUGCUGCUGUCGUCCGCUAGUGCAGGACGUCCAGCGCUGUACGGCUGCCUGUGUGCAAAGCAGUAACAUGACAAAAAACUACUGUCCCCAGUACAGCCACCAGACGCGAGCGGUACAGCUUCUCUUUCCUUAUUUUACAUUUUUUAAUAUUUUCAAUCUUUUUAAUAUUUUUUUUCAAAAAUGACUACAAUGAAUGCGGCUCACUUACACCACGGCUGGCAUUAACGCUUUCGUGUGCGGGCCUCUCCCUUUGACUAUGCAGAGAAAAAUGUACAAAGCGAGAGAACAAACUUUACUACGCCACACUCUCACCGAGCAGUCGGAGUACAGCAGCAAAACAAAAAUGUAUUCUACUGCUGUACGGGAAAAUGUACUCGGUUUUGGUUACCGUUCUGGCAAGAGCUGUAGUGAUGCGUCGCUGUAGCGGGCUGUACGGCUUGUGCAAAUGUAAAUAUACCGAAAAAAAUGUAGUUUAUCGGUACCGUUGGCAUCCCUGGUCAGACGUUGUUUGAGCCGCACCUCCUGGAGAACAGACGCUCGGGUAUGCACUUCCUCACUUCGCUGGUGUCAGGGCCCAGGCUGGGCUACCAGCUAAGCACGACCCGUGGAAGCAUGAGGUAGGAACUUGUGAAGACUAGAACUUUAUUGGACGCUCCUUUUUGUUGUCAACUCACCAUUUGUAACCAAACUUUCAAUUUAUUAUCUCCCAUAAUUUCUGCAUUUUCUUUCGUAUUCUUUCGCUUUACGCCAGGCUCUAGGCCCGUGCAUAAAUAAACUCUUGAAAAGAUCCAGCUGAGGAUAAAAUGGAUGUCGAACGAGAUUUUCCACCAAUGACUCCCGUUUAAAAUGAAAUACAUUGAAGUCGGUCGGACCAUAUCUGAGCUUCCGCUAAGUAUUUUAAAGAUCUCGAAAGAACUGACGCAGAAAUAUUCAGCUGUAACAGCUGCCUCAAAAGUCCGCCCAGAUAAGCACAGGAUUGUGAUACUCUGUCUAAAGCAAGUAAAUGACGUUACUGACGACAAGCCUUCUACGAAGGACUACCCCGUCUACAUGCCCGCUAACAAUGUUAAGAUAGAUGGUGUAGUCACCGAUUCGAGUUGGAACUGUGUGGAACACAGGUAAAUGGGCCAUUGUAUCAAUGUGGUGCGGUCAUUGCGCAAAGAAUCAAGAGUAUGACUCUUGCAUUGCGAAUACUAAAAACUGUGCCUAUUAUGGGGAAAGUCUAUAUGAUAUAUUACCAUGCCCCGCAUACCAUCAGCACCAUACGAAUCUCAAACGAUCCUACAAACGACGCUCUAAGUCUAAGUAUUCUUUUGCAGAAAUAUCAAAAAUAGCUUCACCACUCAGUAUGACAAAUCAUUAUGCUUUCAUGGCUCAGGAACAGUUUAACACUGAUGACUACAUUGUAGAGAUAUGUUUUAUUGCUCCUUAAAACUGGAAUCAGAUGGGAUUGUUUGUAAAUACACCGACUCGUAGAAGCUCUGACACAAAGUCGAAGCAAACAGCUCCUGGUUGUCACUUAUUCAAAUUUUUUGUAAAAUGGUCAAUAACAACGCCGGCCACCACCAAGGGGUUAUUGGUUCUGUCGGGGAAGGAAAGCAAUGUUAGUUCGACACUUGCUGUUGAUAGAAACCCAGACUUCAUCUCCACGAGCCUCACGGGAAGCAAUUGUGUUUGUAGGAGAGGGAAAAGAUCAGGAGGUAUAUCUUGGUAGACGAAGGUCGUUUGCGAUCAAUUUCCGAAAAUUUUUAUCGGCCAACUAGAACCUCGAACAGCCGGCUAUCGGAAUUGUCACUGCAGAUUGUUUUCUUCGCACUCUAUUAGUACAAUAAAAACUUGGAUUUGUUCGCAAUGAUUUUGCUCGACUUGGAACGAACGGAAAAUGAUGUUACGGUGGUCGUUGUGCUCUACGAAUCACAAUUCGGAAUCAAACACUUAAACUUUUAGCUCUGUGGAUAAUAUCAGAAUUCAUAAUGUUUCACACAACUUUCGCACACUGUUAUUAGAGUUGCCAGCCCUUCGGGUUUGAUCAGGAGACUCCAGUUUUUAGAAGCGAUCUUCUGGCCUCCUGGUUUUACAUUGAUUUCUCUUAUUUUUAUGCAAUAUAUUUAAAAAGUGUACCUCCUCUUCGGUUCAGACUAUUUUUUUUCUCGACUGACCCUUCGUUUCAAGGUUGCCAAGAUGCAUCUACCAAGUAUUUUGGAUUUUAUACGAAAAACAAAUAAUUUACAUAUAAAUUCAACAUAAUUACAACUCCGCUUUUCCUUCUAAUUGCAAAAACCGAAAUGUUAUAUUGCAUCAAGGGGUAUAAAACUUUGACAUUCCUUCAAUUUCACCAAAUCACUUCACUCUAUCUGAUGUUUUACAUGCAACUGUUGAUUGGUGUGAUGACCGGCGUUCUUAUUCAAUCAGUUGGCUUUACUCCUAGGUUGGAAUCACACAGCUUGCAUCACGUUCCUUCUUCUAUUAUCUGUGGACGAGAGCAAUUGCUGAUCCGUUUGUCCUCCACAGCGAGAGUGGCUAGUGCUUUUGGAUUUUUUGUUGUAGUUAGCCGGGGAAGUGAAAUUCUACACUAAACUAAACCAACAAAGACGUUGUCAAACGCAAAAACAAACAAAAUUUACAGCUACAUUUGAACGGUACAGGAAAGUAGUGAGCAUAGCUCUGCACCAAAACCAGAUUCCAGGGUGAAUAUGGAUAAACUUUGAAAAAAUUUGUGUCAAUUUCUAAAUUAGUACUCUGAAGGGUUGCAGAACCUUAUCUAAGCUUACUAGUGAUUGAAUAAUAGCAUCGCAAAUGCGUUGAACAAUUCUGAACUUCCUAAAUGAAACCAUUCUUGUAGAACUAUAAAGGGCCACCGUCGUAGGUUGGAAUUUGCAUAUUUAAACAAAACUCACCAAAAAGUCCAUCAACAAUUUUCACCCGGAAAAUGUGAUAUUCUCUAGCGAAGUAAAACGGAACAUAUCCUCAGUUAAAGUUAGUUCAAAUAGUUUUGUUAACAUAGCCUGCAGUGUUAGAAUCUUAGUUAAUCUAUUACGCUAAUCUUAAGUAGCGUCGCGACAGCUGGUCUUCUACAUACAUGUUAUAAAAUCUACAAUCAUUUAACAAAGACUAUUAUUUUGAACAUGUUUUCCUGUAUAUUAGUGGAGUUUAUUUAACUGAAUUAUGAAGCAGCAGACGAUCGAUUAAUUUACAGAUACCACAAUAUAUGUGGAGUAGGACCCACUCCAUGGUCAUCAUCGUAAAUCCAUGAAAAUUCAAAUAUACAUAAAAUACGAACGAUAGUAAAGUGCACUGUAAAAAUUUGCACUAAACUAGGAAAGACGCAUUCUUUCAAAUCCAAACACAACUAGUUAACUCAUUACGGAAUGUUAUUCGGGAAAAAGGAAUCAGAUAUGUUAGGUAGUAUUUUCCAGAACGCUGGAGGAAAUCUGGCUGAUGGUGAAAGUUAAAAAGAUCAACAGAACUGAUUGAUUUGCUUUGCGUCACCAGUCGAGGAAAAUUAUCAUAGAAUAAUGCGAGCAAUAACGACCAGUUGUAGCAGAGUUACACGUGGAAUGAACUAUUUCGGCGGUAUUAUGUGUGUAGAGAAAUUAAAUUAUAAAAUCGUCAAAUCAUAACAAUGGUUGGCCGCGCCGAAAAUAAAUAUUAUACCUAAACUGGAAAACUAUACACACUAGACGAACAGAGUUUAAAAUCAGCAUCUUUCAAUAAAUUAAGUGAUAUUUUACUGUUGAUAUUGUUAAUUAAAGUGUAUUUAUUACAAUUAUUGCAGUUGAUAACAAAAAAAAACGAUGAAGCGGAAACGAUUGUUAAAAAGGUUUUACGAAAUCGUGUGGAUAAAUAUGUUAUGAACGAUUGGCGUGGCAGCGUUUUUCUUGAGUAAAACACUCAUUCUGAGUACAACUUCUCACACAGAUUUAAUUUCACUGCUAAACUGAUGCAACUGAUCCCAUCUCAACUGAAAAACUAUUUAAGGAACCGGAAAAAAUACAGCAAACAGAACAUAUUUUAGCCCUCCGUCUCUUCCAUAUGCGACACCGGUAUUGAACCAAAGACAUCCAAUCGCAAAUGCUGUCUGCCAGAUCGCAGAGCAACCAAACAAAUAAAACAGCAAGGAUUUUAAGAAACAUCUUUUACAAACACAAACAGGUACGACACAAAAAGAAGCUUUGCACAGGCUUACUCAUUCUCAAACAAGAAAAAAAAUGAACAGAACUAUGUUUUAACUUUUCUAAGUGUGAUAUUUAUCUAUAUACAUAUAUACAUGAAAGACAUAAAACAAAGAUAUUGCAUAUUGCAGACUUAUUGAUUCUAUACAUUACUAAACACACUUAAGACACAAAAAAUCAUUAUUCGUGUUCGACCAUGUUACGAUCUAAUACUUCAUCGAUAUAUUUAGAAGAACAACAUAAAACAAGAACCGAACAAAUAUUUGGCUUCAAACUCCAUUAGUCUAGUGUCAACAAAAAACUCACCGUACAAAAAGUAGAAGGCAACGGAUAAUGGAAGCUAAUUUAUCUAAAUAAGAAACAACAAACUCAUUUCAAGUAUAGUUAGUACAUAUUUUCAAAUUCUUCACAAUGAACAAAAAAACGCAUUCAAAAUCCUCUAGGUGUUUGUAUAAAUAUACAUAUGUAAAAUUGCAUCUACAAAAUUGAUAAAAACCAAACAAAACCAAUCGACAAUGUGUAGACACGUACGCAAAACAAGUAUUAGUAAAACAAGUUUGUUGAGUUAUUGAAAGAAAACAACUAUAAGAACGAUUACUAUUAAGAUUUAUCUCGCGGCAAAAUGGCAUUUAUUCAGCAAACUAAAUCUAAUCAUUAGAGCAGCAUAAAACAGAAAACAAAUAUGCAAACUAAAAUUGCCCGAAUCACUAACCAGAGGACAAAAAUAUCUAAAUUAAUUGCUCGAAAUAAUACUUACCGGUGGGAUGUACCAGGGAAUGAAGAAAGGGUUCGCCAGAAAUAAAUGCAAUAAGACAACUGAGAAA